ACCAUCACAUGGAACAACGGCUCCAUAGUUGAAAUAGCGGAGAACACAACAGUCUUCUGCGGGGUGGAUAUUGAAGCACAGAUGACCAUGUUUGCAUAUUACUAUGUUGGAAUUGGAUUAGGGGUCCUUAUUGUUAGUUAUUUUCAAAUUGCCCUCUGGGUGUCUGCUGCUGCCAAACAAAUCCAGAGAAUAAGAAAAACUUAUUUUAGGAAGAUCAUGCAAAUGGAGAUUGGCUGGUUUGACUGCAAUUCUGUUGGAGAAUUAAACACCAGGAUAUCAGACGACAUCAACAAGAUCAACAAUGCUAUAGCAGACCAGGUGUCUAUCUUCAUUGAGAGGAUCUCCACGUUCAUCUUUGGCUUCAUGGUGGGAUUCAUUGGAGGAUGGAAGUUGACCUUGGUGGUCAUCGCAGUAAGCCCACUUAUUGGACUUGCUGCUGGACUAAUGGCCAUGGCUGUGGCCAGAUUAACAGGUUGGGAGCUCCAGGCUUAUGCCAAGGCUGGGGCUGUGGCUGAUGAGGUGCUGUCAUCCAUCAGAACAGUGGCAGCCUUUGGAGGGGAGGACAAGGAAGCAGAAAGGUAUGACAAAAACCUUAUUGAGGCUCAGAAUUGGGGUGUAAAAAAGGGGACGGUCAUUGGAGUAUUUCAAGGAUUCCUUUGGUGUAUAAUCUUCCUCUGCUAUGCUUUGGCAUUCUGGUAUGGCUCCAAACUCGUUAUUGAAACCAAUGAGCUUUCCCCUGGCACACUAGUUCAGGUAUUCUUUGGAGUUCUCAUGGCAGCUAUGAACUUGGGUCAGGCCUCACCCUGCCUGGAAGCCUUCGCCUCAGGUCGAGCUGCAGCAAAGACCAUAUUUGAUACCAUUGACCGGGAGCCAGAAAUUGAUUGUUUCUCAGAGGAGGGACACCGACUAGACAAGGUCAAAGGUGACAUUAAAUUCCACAAUGUCACUUUUAACUAUCCCUCUCGACCAGAAGUGAAGAUUUUAAAUAAUUUGAGCAUGCUGAUCAGAGCUGGAGAAACCACAGCUAUUGUUGGGCCAAGUGGAUCAGGGAAGAGCACCGCAAUUCAACUACUUCAGAGAUUCUACGACCCCAAGGAUGGAACCUUUAAUAUUCCUUGUUCGAAGGUGACAUUGGAUGGCCAUGACAUCCGCAGCCUGAACCUCCAAUGGCUUCGCUCACUAAUUGGAAUAGUAGAGCAAGAGCCAGUGCUGUUCUCAACAACCAUCGCUGAGAACAUCCGCUACGGACGGCCUGGAGUCACCAUGGACGACAUCAUCCAGGCUACCAAGGAGGCUAACGCCUAUAACUUCAUCAUGGAACUACCACAGAGGUUUGAUACACUAGUGGGUGAAGGCGGUGGCCAGAUGAGUGGAGGUCAGAAGCAGAGGAUCGCUAUCGCCAGAGCUCUGAUCCGAAAACCCAGGAUUUUGCUGCUGGACAUGGCCACCUCAGCUCUGGAUAAUGAGAGUGAGGCUGUUGUACAGGAGGCACUUGACAAUGCUCGAAUGGGCAGAACAACCAUUACAAUCGCCCAUCGUCUCUCCACUAUUCACAAUGCAGAUGUCAUUGUUGGUUUUGAACAUGGACAAGCAGUGGAGAGAGGAACACAUAAUGAGCUUCUAGAAAAGAAAGGCGUCUUCUUCACCCUCGUCACCCUUCAGAACCAAGGAAAUGACUUGCCCAAUGACAAAGCAAGCCAAGGUCUGGAUGUUGAACAAGAAGUCCUUCAGAAUGUGACGAGUUUUAGUCAUGGAAGCUAUGAAUCUGUGUUGAGGCAAUCUCUUCGCCUGCGAUCUCACACCCAACUGUCAAAUGAAAUCCCUGAUGCCAUAGCUGGCAGUAUAACAGUUAAAUCAGACCAAUUCCUUGCUUCAAUGGAGAACAAGAUCAACCCUCAAAGUUUAAAGGAGGAAGCAAGUGAACAUGUGGAACCAGCACCCGUGGCACGAAUUCUAAAGUACAACAAGUCAGAAUGGCCCUAUAUGUUAAUAGGAUCAAUAGGAGCUGCCAUAAAUGGCUCUGUCAAUCCAAUCUAUGCUAUUUUGUUCAGCCAGAUUCUUGGGACGUUCUCUAUACUUGAUGUGGAUGAACAAAGAGUGCAGAUCAAUGGGAUAUGUAUCCUGUUCUGUGCUGUGGCGGUAACAAGUUUCUUCUCUCAGUUUUUACAGGGCUACGCCUUUGGGAAGUCUGGGGAGCUGUUGACCCGCAGGCUGAGAAAGGUGGGCUUCCAGGCCAUGCUGAGACAGGAGGUGGCCUGGUUUGAUGAUCCCAGAAACAGCCCUGGAGCUCUCACCACCAGGCUGGCCAGCGACGCAUCCAUGGUCCAGGGGGCCACUGGAUCGCAAAUUGGUAUGAUUGUGAACUCCUUGACCAACAUUGGAGCGGCUUUGAUCAUUGCUUUCUACUUCAGCUGGAAGUUAAGCUUGGUGGUUAUGUGCUUUUUACCACUCAUUGGGCUGUCUGGGGCCUUCCAAGCCAAAAUGCUGACAGGUUUUGCAAAUGAGGAUAAGAAGGCCAUGGAAACAGCAGGACAGGUUUCCAGCGAGGCUCUAGCCAACAUCAGGACUAUAGCAGGGCUGGCCAAGGAAAGCACAUUUGUAGAUACAUACGAACAGCAGCUGGAGGCUCCCUAUAAUUCUGCCAAGAAGAAGGCCAACAUCUAUGGCAUCUGUUUUGCCUUUUCUCAAUGUGUUAUCUUUAUGACGUAUGCUGCCGCUUUUAGAUAUGGAGGCUACCUGGUCAGCUCGGAAGGAUUGCAUUACUUGGUGGUCUUCAGAGUGAUCUCUUCCAUUGUGAUCAGUGGCACUGCCCUAGGAAAGGCUUCCUCGUUCACCCCAGACUAUGCCAAGGCCAAGACUGCAGCAGCCCAGUUAUUCAUAUUAUUGGACCGAGUCCCCAAAAUCAGCCUGAGUCAGACAGACGGAGAGAAAUGGGAGAAUUUCAAAGGUGAGCUAGAAUUCAUCAACUGCAAAUUCACCUACCCCACCCGGCCUGACAUCCAGGUGCUAAAUGGACUACUUGUGUCUGUGAAGCCGGGUCAGACGCUAGCUUUUGUGGGCAGUAGUGGCUGUGGGAAGAGCACUAGUGUGCAGUUGCUGGAGAGAUUCUAUGAUCCAGAUGAGGGCACAGUGUUAAUCGAUGGACGUCCAUCACACACUGUCAAUGUGCCCUUCUUGAGGGCUCAGAUUGGCAUUGUCUCCCAGGAGCCAGUGCUUUUUGACUGCAGUAUUGCUGAAAACAUCCAGUAUGGUGACAACACUAGGAACGUGAGCAUGGAGGAGAUUGUUGACGCUGCCAAGAAAGCAUUUCUCCAUGACUUUGUGAUGACACUGCCAGAUAAAUACGAGACUCAGGUUGGUGCCCAGGGCUCCCAGCUCUCAAGGGGACAAAAACAACGCAUCGCCAUUGCUAGGGCCAUAGUCAGGAACCCCAAGAUCUUGCUGCUGGACGAAGCCACCUCUGCACUGGACACAGAGAGUGAAAAGACUGUGCAGGCGGCUCUGGAUGAGGCCAGACGUGGACGCACCUGCAUUGUCAUAGCCCACAGAUUGUCCACCAUCCAGAAUGCAGAUAUCAUAGCAGUCAUGUCUCAAGGCGCUGUUAUAGAAAGUGGCAGUCACGAAACACUCAUGGAUAAGAGGGCUGCCUACUACAAACUAGUCACAACGGGUGCUCCGAUCAGCUAAACCAAAAGUUUUCUGAAAAGGGGAUGCUUUAUGAGUUUGUUGACAGCACAUUAAACUCUAUAGAGGAAAAGGUUUUCUUUACUUGAUAUACUCUGUGUUUUCCCAUU